AUGCCUCUCACCAUCCUCUCUCGGUCGCAGCUCCGAGAGGUGCUACAUUCUCUCACUCGCGAAGAGAUCAAUGAGCUGCAACGAAACCUCUCCGAGGCUCUACGCGAAUAUUCCACCGGUGCCCAAGAUAAAGGUUGCUCGGCGACCUAUCAGCCCCAGCGAACGGCCAUUACUCGACAGAAUGGCUGUACCACCUUGUUCAUGCCCGCUAGUACGGGCCAAACCAUCGGAAUCAAGAUGAUCUCACUGCAGGAUGGCUCCGCCGCCGGUUGUGCUGUGGAACGUCCUUUGUUCGACCUUGCUGAUGAGGAAUCGACAUCUUCCCGUUCACGGACUGGUUCCGUGCGCAACUCGGUCGCAUCGCUCUCCUCCGACCUAAGUGAUUUAUCCGUUGAUUCUCAGGAAGAUAGCAGCUCUGUCAGCCCGACAGUGACAACCACAACCUCUGCGGAUAGCGCCGAUAGCUCGACGCUUCUCUCUGGCUGUGUGAACCAACAGCCCGUAGUCGAUAGCAAUGUCUCGAAUACGAUGGGCGCCUGGCCUGGAGCAGGCACCCGGGAUACCUCCCCCAAGGGCAGCGUGACACUUCUAGACAGCGAGAGUCUGCCCUUCGCCCUAAUCAACGCCCACGAACUCACAGCCUUCCGCACCGCCCUCGCCUCCUUGAUGAUUUUCAACCGCCGCAAGAAGGUCCGCACCAUCCUAGUAUUCGGCGCCGGAACCCAAGCAUACUGGCACAUUCGACUGGCGCUAAGUCUGCGCGGCGACGACAUCCGCCGCGUAUACAUCGUCAACCGCUCCUUCGAGCGAGCAGCCAAACUCCUCCGCGACAUCUACCUCCCCGAAAACACCAAAUGGCGCGGCGAAACCAAAUUCUCCGCCAUGAGCACCGACUUCGGCGAAUACAACCGAAUUAUCAAAGAGCAUGUUCGCAAGGCGGACGCCAUCUUCUGCUGCACCCCUUCCGUCGAGCCCCUCUUCCCCGCCGAGUUCCUCACAUCCCGCGAAGGUCGGCAAAAGGGCCGUUUUAUCAGUGCGGUUGGUUCGUACAAGGCACACAUGGCCGAAUUACAUCCCGAUAUCCUGCGCGACGAGGUAAAAGUUUCGCCGCCCCAUCGCCAUUUCCACAAACAUACCAGUCGCAGCGGCGUGGUGGUCGUUGACAGUCUAGACGCGGCCAUAAAAGAGGCCGGUGAAAUCGUGCAGGCUGAUAUCAAGCCGAAGCAAAUGGUCGAGCUUGGCGAGCUUCUCAUGGUGCGAAAUGCGACGCAGGAGGCCGCUGAUGACCAGAAGAGUCUGCGCGACUGGGUAGAGCGUGGAAACGUCAUUUACAAGAGCGUUGGGCUGGGCCUGAUGGAUCUGGUUACGGGUGGCGAUCUGGUUCGUCUGGCGCGAGAGCGGAAGUUGGGGACGACGGUGGAAGACUUUUAG